AAUUCCUUUUAUUACUUUUCACUAUCUCGAAGUGAUUGAAGGUCUCGGCUGAAGAAAACCAUCCGACAGUAGGGGGCAUCAAAGUCGCGACUCUUUCGCUAGAACGGGCAAGAGAUAAUAAGUCGAGCACUUCCGGCCCGGCGCUCCCUGUGAUUGGUCCCAGCUAGAGAAGCUUCCGGUAGUCCCCGGAAGGUCGCUGCCAGUCACUACAAAGUUGCUUCCCGGAGCGCCAGACUGCGCUUUGUUGCUGUUUCUGGUCUUGUGGUUUCUCGUCUUCACUACCGGUUCUCUCGGCCGGACACCUCGCCGCCACCGCCGCCGCCACCGUUCGCCCAGUAUCGCCGCCGUCAUGUCGGGGGGACUCCUGAGCGCUCUGCAGAGCGAUUCCUACGUGGAGCUCGGCUGGUACCGCGACCAGCACUUCCGAGGUAAAAUGGACGACCAAGAAAAGUUAUUAAAGAAAAGCUGCACUCUGUACGUGGGCAAUCUGUCCUUUUAUACCACGGAGGAGCAGAUCUACGAACUCUUCAGCAAAAGUGGCGACAUCAAGAAGAUCAUCAUGGGCCUGGACAAAGUGAAGAAGACGGCAUGCGGCUUCUGCUUCGUGGAGUAUUACUGUCGCGCCGACGCUGAAAACGCCAUGCGCUACAUCAACGGCACCCGCCUAGACGACCGCAUCAUCCGCACGGAUUGGGACGCGGGCUUCCGAGAAGGCCGGCAGUACGGACGCGGAAGGUCCGGGGGCCAGGUGCGCGACGAGUACCGGCAGGACUAUGAUGCCGGGCGGGGAGGCUAUGGGAAAAUAGUGCAGAACCAAUGAGACCUGGAAGCCCCGCAUUUACCAAAAAAAACAACAAAAACAAAAACAAAAAAAAACAUGGAACCAAAACAAAACAAAGCAAAAAAAAAAAAAAAAAAAAAACUAAAAAAAAACCUUAACAACAAACAAAAACAAAAAACUCGGGAUUGUUGACAGAUCCAGAUGGUAUCUGAACUUAUCCCAAAACUCUAAUAUAUUUCCCUGCACUACACAGCAAUUAAGCAGGAAACCUCUAUAUUCCCGGUGCUGAAAGAUGAUAAGGUGACAAAAGCUGAGAAAAGUGGCUUUGGAUUCUUGAGGUUUUGCUGGUUGGGAAACCCAAGUGUGAACUGAGCAGAUCUCUAUUUAUUAAUCCAGUCUAACACAAUUAGAAAACGAUCAUGUUACUGUUCAUUAAUUACAAAGAUUGUAGUGAUCAUUUAGAAUAGCAGUUCUCAUGCUGCUGUGAAUUAGGACCUUUUUUUAUUUCUAAGCUUUUUGAAGAUGUUUCUUGUUUUCCAAGGUGAUUUCUAACUCAAAGUUUCGAAAGAUUAUCGAGUAAUUUUUAAACAAUUCUGCCUCGGUUCUAGUUAUUUGAUUAAAAAAAAAAAAAUACCUGAGCGAGAACUCGCGUUCUGGUAUCUUAUUGGAAGAUCAGGAUAGAAAUGUGAAAUGAGGAUGUUUAUGGUGAUCAUAUGUUAUCUUUCUAAGAGAGGAAGAAAAGGGAUUUUAUUUUGGAAAAUUCCUAACGGACUUAUUGGGGUGGAAUGAGGUGAAUUCAAGAGACAUUCAUUUUAACUUUGUAAUUCUUAUAAGUUGAUGCAACAACUGUUACAUUUAUUUUUUAUUUUUACCAGUAUCAUAAGAAAAUGAGACAGGUUCAGAAUAAAGCCUGAAAAUCAAGGAAAAUAAAACAUCUUAUGUGAAAUAUCAAAUGUCUCUUAAUAGAUGUGAAAAUGUCAGUUUCCUGGUCUAGUAGGAUACAAAUGAUACAAGUCUUGUGUUUGUGUAUCAUCACUGGAUUUCUCUUAUGUAACAAAAGUUGAGUUAUGAUCUGAAAUUUUUAUUGAACUACCCUAGUUAGAUGUUUUGUACAACUUAAAAUUUCAAGGGAUGAAAAGGCAAUUUAAAUACUGUUUUAACUAUUGACAGUUUAUUUUUCCUGAAAAAAAUGUAUUUAAGCAUGUAUAUAGGACAAGAGAGGUUUGAGCUAAUUGCCUUAACUCCAGAAAAUUAGAAAGUGGAUUGAAAAGCUGAUUCACUACAGUUGAUUUCUUAAAAACUUAGGUGAUUUUCAGAUUGUCAAUUUAAACAAAAUUAAUGUGGAAAAGUCAAGAAAGGCUAAAACCGAUAAUCAGUAAGUAUAAGCUGCUCUUUUUCAGUAGUCUUUAGCAUAGUCCAAUUGGGAAUGAAAGCUCUUUAGUGUGAACUUUUCUUUUAAAUGUUUAAUAAAAAUGAUUAGUUGAGUUUUAA